GGGUGUGGCUGCAUAAAUAAAAUACCGCGGUAGCUUGUUCAGUUUUGCUACAGGACUUGUUGCUAUGCUACAUCAGAGUCGUUGAGCGAAGAGGAUUGCAGAGAUUGUUGGAUACCGAUGCGUUUAUGCCUUGGUGCACCUCUGAAACUAACAAUAUAGAGGUGAAAAAAAUCUUAUUCUAUUUAAGGAGGUUGCAGAGGAAUUCGUUUUUCUUUUUAACAUUGACUUGGUGAUGCGUUAUGGAGGAACCUUGAAUAGCACGGUUGAGCUGCAGAUAUGUUCUCGAAGUGAACUUGGGGGUAAUUGUAGACUGUCGAGAAUGAAAGCUGUUUCUUCACCGAGGGAUAUUGUGUUGAUUACGAUCCUUCUGUAAAGGUUCAUUUUGAUGUUUAAGAGAAGAUAAUGUAGAUCAAUUUUUUAAAAUUUUAAGGAGAUAUUUCGUUACUUAAUUUACAUAUCAUAGAUACUAUUUUUCUUCAUCAGAUUGCUCCGGUAACGUUCUGGAAUGCAACAAACCAAAGUUAGUGAUGAAGUUACUGGGCGAAGAUUUCCAUUCCCUCUGCAGCCAGUGUGUCUAAUCUAAUCGAUAUAGUUAUGUUCCCAUUUGUUGUUUGUCAAUGGGAUAACAAAUAACUAGUGUUUACGUAAUCUUUGUUUUUGGUCAAUGGUCGCUGUCGAAGGCUAUGUUGCUCUUUCUUCAUUUCUUGCCAUGCUCAUGGGAUCUUGUGGAAGUUGUGUGGAAACUCUAGAAGUGGAUCUUGACUUAUAGUGAAGUAUUAUAUAGAUGUCAUAUUGUUGAUGAGUGACUUGUUCCGGCUACAAGUAAGUUUGAAUUCAUAAUGUGGAAUCAUGUUUCCGAUGGACUUGUUCCGGCUAAUUCCUAUCCCAGAGCAGAACUUUGUGUCACCACCAAAUAUGAUUGUGAUAUGAUUGUGAUCCGAUCUUUUGACGUGAACAAGCCAGGAUUUUAGGUUGAUGAGAUAAGAGGUGGUGUUGCUGGUGGGAGUAUUCUAAGGUACAGGGUGUUUUUGAAGGUGAAUCAAAUGAUUGAUGCUCGCCCUGGAAUAGCUGUAAAGACGAGAACAGGAAUAUCAAAUGUACACACAUAUAUUCAAGGGUCGUCUCAUUAUGUGCUGAGCAAAAUGAACUUCAAUUUGCAGUGUCUGGAGGGCUCACUGGGGUUGGCACUACUACGGACCCACGUUGAUUCGUGCUGAUAGGUUAGUUGGUCAGGUUCUGGGAGAGGUGGUUCCUCUACUGGAAAUUUUCUUUGAGCUUGAGUAAGUGGUAUUGAAUUUCCAUGGCUGUGCAACUAUAAAAGGAUGUUACCUGGAGUAUGGAGUCCCCUCAUCCAACAACAGAUAUUCCUACCGAGGAAUUGCCAAUCUUGUAAACCUUCGAGAAGUUUAGUGAGCAAAAUGAUAAAAAUAAAAGUACAGGGACCUAAGUGAGACAAACAAUAUAUUUGAGCAGUCAUGUCAUCGUCCUCCCUCCUCCUUCCUCGUUCUUCGGCUUGUGCUCUCGUCUCUGUCUCGUCUCGUGUCGUCUCGUCUCGCUGCUGCUGAGAGAUACUCUGCCCUAAACGCGCCAUGUUCGUCGGUUCACUGCGACGAAGAAGCUUGCUUUGUCUGAGGUCCAAUUCAACGAUCCCCAACCUCUCUCCCCUCCCAACUCCGCCAUUGCUGCCAUUCAGAUUCCUGUCGGUUACUCCAACCGGAGACUCCCCCACAGUCACGCUCCUCAUCGAUUCCCUCGGGUUCUCGCCGGAAACCGCCCUAUCAGUGUUCAGGAAGCUCCAGAACAAGGACACUAGGAAUGCAGACUCCGUCAUUAGCUUCCUCAAGAGCCGCGAUUUCUCUGCUGCUCAAAUCUCCGAGAUGGUCCGGAGGUACCCUGGACUCCUUCGGCUGAAGCCCGAGCGCACACUUCUGCCUAAGCUCGAGUUCUUCCAGUACAAGGGGUUGUCGAGGCCCGAACUCUCGGAGUUGUUAUCAUCACACCCGCGUGUCCUGUGCAGAAGCUUAGAGAGGUCCGUAAUCCCUAAUUUUAACUUCUUUAGGAGCUGGCUCAAGUCCGAUUUGAAGGCACUGCAAUUAGUUAUUAGGCACUUGUAUCGGUCUGGAGCUCAGGAGAUGAUGGCUGCUAAUCUGAAGCAUCUUCUAGAUAAUGGGGUUUCCGAAUGGAAUGCUGCUUCCAUAUUACAGCAUCAAACCGACAAGCUCUAUUCUAAACGUGCUAGGUUGAGUGAGGCAGUGCGUGUUUUGAAGGAAAUGGGGCUCGAUCCCGAAAAAGCUACCUUUGGACAUGCUUUAUCGGUUGUGCUCGGGAUGUCUAAAUCCAGUUGGGAGAGUAAAGCGAGAGUUUAUCGGAAGUGGGGUUGGAGCGACAAAGAGUUUCUUUCCGCUUUCAGGAAAUUCCCCCUCUGUAUGGCGGCAUCUGAGGUUAAAAUCAACCAACGUCCACAGGUUGGGAUGGAAGCCUUCCCUGAUUGCUGAGAAUCCUGUCCUCCUCACGAGUAGCUUUCAGAAGAGGAUCGUCCCGAGGGCUUCGGUUUUGCAAUUCCUGCUAUCUGAAGGUUUGAUGGGGGACAAAUGUUAUAGCUUGGUCCAAUUUUUCACAAUGACUGAGAAGUGCUUCAUGAAGAGGGUUGCUAGGUUCCCAGAGGUAGCUCCUCGUAUCUUGGCCAUCUACGAAGAGGAACUAAGCAAACCGAGAUGAGAAUGGUAUAUGACUGGCUUGAUGAAGAUAUUACAGUAGCUUAUUCAGUUUUGCGACAGGACUUGGUUUUUGCUAUGCUUAGAUCAGAGUUAUUGCCAAAGAAGAUUGGAGGAUUCCCUCGUAUACCCUGACUUGCUAUGAGGAAGAUUUUGAUGCGUCUACUAUGUGUUGGUGCUUGGGAUAAGUCUUUAGUCGCACCUUUGAAACUAACAGUACAUGAUGUGGAAAUUCUCGAUAUCACAAACCCGCGAGUAUAAGGAUUGUAUCAAGCACUAUAGAUGUCAGUAAAGUAUUGUUCCCAUGGAGAAUUGAUCCAAAAUUAUUGUUAAGCACUAAAAUUAAUACGCUCAAUAGAAGUCGAGCAAGUCUGUAAUAAUGAGAGACGUAACUAAAGAAAGUAAUACUAACUAGCAACAUCACCAAAGAGUUACGUGAAAAA